AUGGCGAGCUUCGACUACGCCGACUUGAUCAGCGACGACAUGCUCGGCUUCAACCCCUCGCCCGUCUUCCAGCCACCUGUACAGCCCGCUCAACAGCCAGGCUACGGCACCCCGACUCGCGGUGCCCGUGGCGGGCCGGCGAGGGGCGCGCGAGGUGGACGCGGCUCGCCCUUCCCGCCUCGCGGCGGCGGCAGUGCGCCCUCGAGCGGCCGCGCGACGCCGACCGCUCCUGCGCCGUACCCUACCCGCGGCGGCGGCGGCUUUGGCGGCGGGCGCGGCGGACGCGGCGGACGCGGCGGGCUCGGGUCCGGCUUGGGCGCCAGCGACCGCGGCGGGCUCGGAGGACGCGGCGGCAUGAGGGGCGGCGGGCGCGGCGGGGCCGCCUACAGCGGCUCGUCGACGCCCCGUCACGUCGUCGGCAUGAGCUCGGGCGCGUUCAACCCGCUCCUCGUCCCCGUCAAGUUCGUCAAGGCGGCUGGCGACGGCCUCGGCACGGUCGGCGGCGAGGACGAGCAUGGCCUCGAGCUCGCCGGCGCAGCAUCGCCGCCGCCUCCCGCCCGCGAGAAGCACCUGCCUCGACACAGCGUCGAGGGUGCGCUCGCCGACGAGGUGGGCAACCUCGACCUCGGCGCCGACGCCGACGCCGCCGAGCACGACCUCGCACCGCCUCCUCCCGAGACGGCGUUCGAGCCCGAGCCCGCCACGACCGCCACCAUGGCGCUCGACGAGCUCGAGGACGCGCCCGACUCGGCCGAGCCUGCGACGCACCCUGGCCUCGGCUCACGCGCCAGGAAACCUGUCGAGCGCGCUCCGCCUCAAGCACCCGUCGCCGUCGCGCCGGCGGCCCCGUCUGACGACGACGACGCCGCCGAAGACGACGAUGACGACGGUGCCCUCCUGUUCGAGAUCUCGACCACCGCGUCGGCCGUCACCGUCGACCUCCCCACCUCGAUCGCCCCUCCCGCCGCCUUCGCCUCGCACGACCAGUCGACGCCCCUCUCGUCCGACGCGUCCGACUCGGACUCGGAGCAGAUCCUCUUCCCGCGUCGCGCCCAGGCGCACGCCGACCCGGUCUCGUCGGCGCGCGCCCCUCCCGCCGCCGUCCCUCGUCCCGCCGCCGACCUGUCCCUACUCGCCUCGAGCUCGACGACCGCCCCCGCCGCCCCUGCCGCGCGCUCCCGCACGACCCACCCGUCGCAGCCGGCGCAGCCGGCCAAGCAGAGCAAGAAGGCGCUCAAGCGGGCGUCGCGCGCGGCGAGAAAGACGGGCCGGGCGCACCCGAGGAGCGGCAACGCGCACCUCGCCGGGCACGGUCCCGGGCGCACGCUCGCCGACUCGGACGACGACGACGAGGGGGACGAGGAGGCGGGCGCGGCGAGGGAGGAGCGCGCGCAGGACCGCGAGGACGGCGCGGCGCUGUUCGCGCGCAUGCAGGGCGGCGGCUCCGAGGGCGUCGACGACAUGCUCGUCGCCGACAGCGACGACGAGCCCGAGCAGGUCGACGCGCAGGGCCACGUGCCCGGUCAGCCCCGCCAGGGCGACAGCGACAUCGAGUGGGGCUCGUCGUCGCCGCCUCCCGUCGGCCCCGCCGGCGCCCGAGGCCGCGCCAAGAAGGCGGCGCAGCGCGCCCAGCGCGCCGACCAGCGCGAGCGCGACAAGCUCGAGCGGCUCGUCGCCGCCGGCUCGACGCGCGAGGAGGUCGAGCUCGCGCUCGCGCUCGAGGUCAGUGCGCGCGAGGACGACGAGCGCCGGCGUGCCGCGAGGGAGCACGAGCGCCGCAGGGCCGAGGACGACUACCUCGCCAACGUCGACGUCGGCGACGAGGGCGACGACAGCAUGGCGGUGCUCGCCGCGUUCGCCGAGGGCGCGGUCGGGCAGCUCGGCGGUGAGCACGGGCGCGGCGACGAUGCGGAUCGGCGCAUGGCCGAGGACGAGGACGACGAGGACGAGUGGGGGACGUCGAGCGAGGGUGGGUCGUCGUCGGCGAGCGAGGAGGAGGACGACGAUGAGGACACGGAGGGAGCGCAGGACCGUCGGCUCGCGCAGGAGGAGGAGGACGACAGCGAGGAGCUCGGCUCGGACGACGAGCUCGAGAUGGAGUACUCGCUCGGCGACGCAGAUGGCCGUGUCGAACACUCGCUCUCGGUCGACUCGUCCGACGACAACUCGUCCAUCGACUCGUCCCUGUCGUCGUCGACCGACUCGGACGCCGAACUGUACGCGUUCGAGUCGGCCCUCCUCGCCGGCAAGAAGAUCUCGAUGCAGCGCAUGGGCCCGGCCGGGUCCGGCGGCCGUAAGGACGAGCGCGAGCGCAAGAAGGCGCGCGCCCGCGAGCGCAAGGGCAAGGGCAAGGCGCACGUCGUCGACAGCAGCAGCAGCGACAGCGACAGCAACGGCGACGAGGUCAUGUUCACCGGCAACGACUCGUGGGCCGACCGUGACGAGGACUACAUCUCGCAGGUCCAGGCCGCCGUCCGCCUCAACGCCGACCUCCUGUCGACCGCCCAAGGCGGUCGCGCCGCCCGUCGCUCGAACCGCCGCGAGCGCAACAAGCUCUUCACGGCCAUCAGCCAGGGCAACUUUGACGACAUUGACCUGUACGAUGAGGCGGCCGACCUAGACGAGGACCUUGUCGAGGCCAUGUUCGCCGAGCAGGAGGAGGCCGGCUUCGGUGAACCCUCGAAGAAGCAGCGCAAGAAGGACAAGACGUUCAACGGCGCCUUCUCGCAGCAGCUCGCCGCCCAGUGGGACCUCGACCGGUCCAAGAAGGCGACCAAGAAGGCCAAGCGUGCCGCCGAGCGUGCCGCUGCUCGCGAGGCCGAGUUCCGCGACACGUACCGCGACAAGGCGGGCUCGUACUCGCGCGGCAAGGCCGGCGCCAAGUCGCUCGCGCGCUCGGGCGACGACGACGACAACGACGCAGCGGCGAUCAACACGCGCAUGCGGCACUUUAUCGUGACCGACCUGAGCUCGACGUCCAUGUCGCUGCCGCCCAUGGCCAAGAAGGCGCGCAUCGCCGUGCACCUCCUCGCCGAGGUCUAUGGCCUCAAGUCGCGCUCGAUGGGCUCGGGCAAGAACCGGUUCCCGGUCCUCGAGCGCACGUCCAAGACGACCGUCGUCGGCGUCAGCGAGCGGCGAGUGCGGGCCAUCGUCGGGACAGCCGACGGCGAGCACGAGCUCGACGGCAUCGACGACGACUGGGGUGGGCCGAGGGGCAAGGGCAAGUACCGCGGCAAGGUCGGCGGGCUGUGGAAGGCGCUCGAGGGGGCGUCGGGCAAGAAGAGCGGUGGCGGUGGUCGCCGGGACCAGCUCGGCAAGAACUCGGAGGGCGCCGUCGUCGGCCAAGGGGCGGACAAGAUUGGCGAGGACAACGUCGGCUUUGCGCUUCUCAAGAAGAUGGGAUGGACGGUCGGCGGCCAGAUUGGACUUUCCGGCCAGGGCUUGCACGAGCCCGUCGUCGCUCGCGUCAAGACGGGCAAGAGCGGCCUGGGUUUGGGCGGAGGGUUCGCGGUCUCGAGGGACGAGGCGUGGGCGUUGGCUCGUGGCCCAGAGUAGAUCUCGCUCGCUGUUGCUGCACACACUGUCUACGCGAGCAUCG